UACACGAUGUGAAAAUGURUACUAAAUGAAGAUAUUUUAAUAUUAAAAUUGAUAGGCUCACAAGAUUGUGAAGUUAUGACCUCUACUGGUGAUGCUGAAUUGGAUCUUCAACACAYCGAUUCCMAGUUGACUGAUGUUGAAGUAAAGCAAUCGUCUCAGUGUUCUGUAAAUGAUGACAGAGAUUUAGAAGAAAACACCRAAGAGAUAUUCACUACWGACGACCCAAAAGCACRGAUCCGUGAGCUUUUUAUAGCUAACAUUCUUAGAGAGCCAAUGUACUAUACUGGUGUUAAAUCAAAUUAGCUUUUAAAGUUUGGUUUUUCUCUCAUUCACGAAAAAGCAAAAAGAAUGAACUUGUGGAGGGGCAAUGAAAAAUCCAGACGUAAAGCCUGAUGACGAAAUUUAUUGAUGUGGGAAGAGUUUUCGUUAGUCUUAGUCAGAAAUCUAAGGGGGACUGACAUUAGAAUGAUUGCAGAUCUCUUUGUCACACAUCUCUCUAUUGCCAGCAAUGCCUACAACACUUGGAAUUUGUUUUUAGAUAAAGAACUGAAAUUUCUAAGGAGAUUUCCAUCAGUAAAGCAAGUAAAAAAAAAUCUCCCCAAAUCAAUGAAAACAAAAAAUGGCAAGCCAAAGGAAAUAAUCAAAGAUGUGCAAGUGAUUAUAGAUUGUGUAGAUUUUAGAUGCGAGGCUCCCAGUUUGCCUGCUGCACAGAAGCAGCUCUAUAGUGCUUAUUACAAUGAUAACACCUAUAAACUACUUAUUGGAUGUACACCUAAUGGCUGCAUCAGCUACUCUUCCACACUUUGGUCAGGAAGCAUAUCAGACAAAGAGAUAGUAAAGAAAUCAGGUUUUAUUGAAUGCUUGUCACCUGGGGAUGUUGUAAUGGCAGAUAAGGGAUUUGUCAUUCGUGGUGACUUGGCAUUAAAGGGGUGCAAGCUUCAGAUUCCUCCAAAACUUAAGGGAAAGACAUUAAAACCAAGGGCAUCCACUAAAGCUCGUAGGGUUUCAAAUACAAGAAUUCACAUAGAAAGAGCUAUAAGAAGACUCGAAACUUACCGAAUACUGACAAGAAUACAAAAAAUGACCCAAAAGAGCUACAUGGAAAGUGUUGUUAGAGUAUGCAUUUCAUUAGCAAAUCUUGGUAACACUUUGGUUUCUGAAUAGACAUUCAGAUAUGCUUUUCCCAAUAUUUCCCAAUUUCCCUUUUUUUUGGCAUUUGUGGUAUUAUACCAAUGACUUUUAAGAAAAAAAAAUCAAAAACCUAAAGAAAAAAAUAUUUAUAACAAGAGUAACAUGUACAGAGUGAGAGUAUUUUUAUUCUAAAAUGAACUUAAAUGGUGUAAAUGGUAUUCCAAUUUAUAGAUUGUUAAGUAUGUAUUCUUUCAUUCUCAAUCUUUCUCUUCUGGCUGUGUCUGCAUGGAACCUGUUGGUGAGUACUUUUCUACAGAAAUUGUCAGGAUCUUUAAUAAAACACCUGAAAUUGUCUGGCUUUAGAAAUACCUGUUAAUUGAGCAAAAGAUAUACUCCACAAUCAAAGCUGUUAUUCUGUUGUGGWGAUUUUAAAACAAACCUUUUUAACUGUGCAGAUCUAAUAUUGAAUUUCCAAAAAAUGAACKUACUGAUUAAGUUAACCUGGUGAUUUCUAGUUAAUAYAUUUUUACAUUGAUGGCUCAAUGAAUCUAUAACUAAAAUACAAUACUGUGUAAAAACAAUGGAKUACCAGUGUCCGUGACUACAAAUAGGAAUUACAACUAUACUAUUUGGAUCCAUCUUUUUGAAAUAUGGAGAAGCAUUGCUAAAUGCUUUUUCUAGAGAAUGCUUUUCUAAGCUACUUGACAAAGACAAGUAGAAAAUAGAGUCAAGUAUAAUCAAACGGUUGAAUAAAAUAUUAUGAUUACACUUUUCUCUUAAUAUUCGACAAAACAAAACUACAAUAUUGUCAGUGAGCCAGGAACCUGCAUUUAGAGAAUCAAUAUCAUCUUGAAAUUAGGUGACACCUUUUAAAUCUCCAAUUGAGCACUGAUUACUGGAAGUUGGCAAAUCAUCAUCUUCUAUCAUCUGAGCAGGUUGUUUAUCAUCAGCAAUAUGCUUGGACUCCUUUGUCAUCUCAUCAUCUACUAUCAUCUGAGCAGGUUGUCUAUCAUCAGCAAUAUCCUUGGACUCCUUCUUUGUCAUCUCAUAAUCUACUGUCAUCUGAGUGGGUUGUGUAUCAUCAGCCAUACCUGUGCACUCAAAAUCCAAUAUACUCCAAUAUACAUUAACAUUGAUAAAAAAUCAUUAAUGCAUCAAGUUUUGCAUAUUUCAAAGUAUACAUUAAUUUUUAGAGAGCAUUCUGUAAAAUUAUGAAACACUAUUGUUACUAUAACUUGCACAAAGUCAUGUGCUAGAGUACAAACAGCUGCAUUACCUUCCACUUUUUACUAUAAAAUAGUGCUAUUUAAACAAUAGAAAACA